ACGCCCUCCCCGAUCCAGCCGGGCAUGACCAGCAACUGCAACUCGUUCCACCUGGUGGCCAGCGGAGAAACCUGCGCCACCAUUGCCACCAGCGCGGGCAUCACUCUGGCCAACUUUUACUCUUGGAACCCAAGUGUCGGGACCGGCUGCAAUACCCUCUGGCUGGGAUACUAUGUCUGCACGGGGGUGAGUGCCACCACCACCAGUGUUCCUACGACUACCACUGCCACCACCACUGCCACCACCACUCGCACCACGAGCGUGGCGACCCCGUCGCCGACGCAGUCGGGGAUGGUGAGUAACUGUGACGCAUUCUACCUGGUAGCGUCCGGCGAUACAUGCACGACGGUUGCGCAGAAGAAGGCAGUGUCAGUGACGGAUAUUGUGUCGUGGAACCCGGGUGUUGGGACUGGUUGCACGAACUUGUGGUUGGGAUAUUAUAUUUGUGUGGGGGUU